AUGGAUUUUUGCAAAAAGAGUUUCUACACCUUAUUUAACACUGCAUCCACUGCUUUUACUCUUCCAAAAGAAGACUCUGCUGACAAUCACCACCGCAAUACUCCACUUCCUGUCACCGACUGUGGUGCUGGACUCAAUAUCCUCGCAAAUUCUACUGCACCUCCAAAAUUUGACAAUGUCAUCGAUUCAUCCUCGCUGAUCAAUAUUCCGGUAAAAAGUGAUCAGACUGAAACGGGACUCAAAGUUCUCAACAGCGGCGACACAGACAAAUUGGCUUCGUGUACAGAGAGUCUGGGAUUCGAGAGCUGUAACGAGAGGAGCCUAAACAACGUCCUUGAAAGCUCAGAGAAAUCCAGAGAUGAUGGAAAAUCAAGAAAAUUUAACAAGAAGAACAAGGAACUAAAGAGAAAGUCAUUUCCACCGCCAUUGUCAUCGUUCACUGACAGUGGCAAGCCAACGUUUUUUCUCCGUCCAGUGAGAAAAAACGGACGGUUAAAGCUCAAUGAGGUGCAGAUUAAUAGGCCUGAGUGCCUUCGAGCUUCUAGAGAAAAUGGACGGCUGAGAUUGCAUCUGGUGCAAUCAGAUCAGAAAAAAGAGGGUGCGAUCACUAGUACUGAUGCAGCUGGAGAGAAAUUAAGUGACGGGAAGGUGCUGAAGGGGUGGAAGUUUUCGACGACUAAUGGCGGUGGUGGAGAGGAUUGCAGGAGGGUUCACGAGCAGCGUAACAUGCAUGGAUGGGCACAGCAAUGUGUCAGCAUCAGAUGAAGAGGCAGCAGAGUUACCAAUGUAAUUUAUUCCACAGAAAAACAGGGAGAAGAUAAGUGAGGGCGAGAGUUAUCUCAUGUUUUUGCUAUAUUUAGAAUGUUGUGUAGUAUGCUGGCGGAACCACCACGUAGCCUGCUAAUCAAUGUUGAUAC